CCAUUGUCAUUGUCAUUGAGGACAGAUAGUACUUAGUAGCCAUGUUCGUGUGGACGUAACCGCUUAGUUGCCAGUUGUUUUCCUGCUGUUCGAAGCCCACUUUCGUUUCUGCCUUCGGUAGACAUCAUCCAUCCUCGGGGUUCUGAUGCGGCUGCAGCCAGUGGUCAGCCUGUCCAACGUCUUUCCGCGGCCAUGGACAAGAUCCCGUGGACUGCGUCACAGGGGCUCGGAUCACCGCCACCACUGUUGUUUGCUGAACAGCGCCAGCAAAAUAAUGAUAAAGAUUAUGACGAUGAUAUCCAAGAGACCAGGGCGACCAAGCAUACUCCACAGGCAGGAAAGUUGCAUCCAUCGCCGUCAAGAGAAAUUACGCUCGAUACGCCUCCUCUUGAUGUUUUUUCAGGAAUGAAGGCGACCAAGCAUACUCCACAGGCAGGAAAGUUGCAUCCAUCGCCGUCAAGAGAAAUUACGCUCGAUACGCCUCCUCUUGAUAAUGUUUCACGAAUAAAGGCGACCAAGCAUACUCCACAGCCAGGAAAGUUGCAUCCAUCGCCGUCAAGAGAAACUACGCUAGAUACGCCUCCUCUUGAUAAUGUUUCACGAAUAAAGGCGACCAAGCAUACUCCACAGGCAGGAAAGUUGCAUCCAUCGCCGUCAAGAGAAAUUACGCUCGAUACGCCUCCUCUUGAUGUUUUUUCAGGAAUGAAGGUGCACCGCCGUCCAGUGUCGCCCACAUCGUCCCAAUACCCGUUUGUCAAGAAUGAACCUGCGGCGAGACCUUGGAGGUCACCAAGUAUGGGUCCUGUACCCAGGAAGCGACCUGCUAGUCCUCCCUCAUCUGGUCUGCCAGAUUCUAAGAAGCUAACCAUCUCACCACCACGUCUCUCUGGGCAAAGAAAGAGGAAAAAGCCGGCCACUGGAUCUGAAUCCAGCACCGCGAGAAUCACCAAACAGAUAGCCAUUGAAGGUGAGGCCAGCGAUGUGCAGCUGUUCAUGAGCCGCAUGAAGCGAUGGGCAUGGCGCUCAAACGUUGAAUUGAGAAACGUGCAAGUUGAAAGGCCCGACCCAGACCAGGCUGGCAAAGAAGUAGUUCAAAGUCAAGAAAGCAAUCAAGAAUGUGUUCAAAGUCAAGAAUGCAGCUCGGAUGCUUGCAGACCUUCAUUUGCUAGCAUUGCCUUGUCACAAGGAACGGACGAGGAUGAGCCAAGCAAACCAUCCGAUGUCAAACCAUCCGACGUCAAACCAUCCGACGUCAACCCAUCCGAUGUCAAACCAUCCGAUGUCAAACCAUCCGAUGUCAAACCAUCCGACGUCGACCAACCUGACGACACUCCACCUGACGUCACGAUUGACGCUCUGCUGGAUUUCCGGUAUGUGUCGGAGAACAACACAAACGCCAUUCCAAUCGGGAGGAUGGGCACCAUACUAAUUUUGGAUGGUGCCAUGGUUAAGUUCCCUCCUGGUGCGGUGAACGAGGAAACAACAAUCUCUCCACCGCAGCACCUGGUGUUCGAAGAACGGCUGCGAAUCGCAAAGGGCGCUCAUGUCACACUGCACUGUCUGAUGGGUCUGCAGCCUCAUGGAAAGCACUUUCGGGAACCUGUGGAAGUUGAGAUUGACGUGCCAGGCCUGACAAUGGAGGAACCAUUCGUGCACAUUGUGCAUUACCCGUGCACAUCGGACGGCAGUCUGACCGGGCUUGACGACACCACCGACUACAGCCGUCCGUCCGCUUGCACUCCCUGCUCAGUUGUUCAGAUUGGCAGGAAUCGGUGCAGUAUGAUACGCUACCCGGCGGGAGAUGAGCAUGUUACAACUUCCCCUUGUAGCAUGUUCCCGCAAUCAGAAAAAACCAGGAAAUGUUCACUGCAAGAUGGCUGGCCAUUCCGGAAAGUGGAGGUGGACAUAUCUAGGAAAGUUGUGCGGUACACGAAAUGCCACUUCUCUUACGAAGUCAUCUACACAUGCGGAGAAGAGCUGAGCCCGGAGCAGAUCAGCAUGCUGCCGUGCACGGACAAGCUCAAGGCCUGCCGCGUGUGGGUCUACGGCGAUAAGACGGAAGACCGAGAUCCAGCGCACCUGCACAUCAAGGCCAUUCCUGCCGUCGGACCAUUCCCGGCACCGCCUCCAAAGCUGGAGUCGCCCCCGGAUGGAAUGUUCCAGCUGGCGCGCUCACGGAACUAUUUCCUGCUCAACGAAGGCGAUUCGAUCUCGUACAAAUUCACGGUGCACCCGGAAAGGGACUGGCAACCCGCCUGUGUGGAAAAUCCGCCGACGUUCUACAGGCUUGAGUCAUCUGCUCGUUUCGAGUCUCGCGAGGGCACCCGCUGGGGCGGCAGUGUUGGUCCGCUGGGUGAUAUCGAAUGUCGCUCCUGUGCUGACCAAGAAAAGAUGGAAAAUGCCCACGAUGGCAAGCAGAAUGGCGCUGGAGCAGAAUCGGCUACAGACAACAAGCUGAAGGUUGUCAAGUGCCGCACCAUUCCGAUAACAUUCACAUACCGGAGGUCUCUACCGGGAGGUGAUAUCAGCGCUGGACCUGAUCCAUGGACUCAUGUCGACUUCCGGCGCCUACACUCCAAGCUUGUCAAGUCCAUGGAGCCGGAACUGGCCCGCCUCUACUGCCUGCAAGAGGGACUGGUCUCGUGGGAUUUCUCCAGAAUGCUGCAGACCAACGAGAUGGGCAAGGGCAGGAUCUGCCACAACGUGCGACUGCUGGAACACGUGGCGAUCGGAGGACGCAAGAACUAUGAAGCCUUCUUCGCAGUCCUGGAGGAACUUGGUCCGAACUUCCUGUCGCUAAAGACAGAAUUUGAAGACCAUCUGCGGAGCAUCAAGGGAGAAGAGGAAGUCACGGCCGCAUUGAACUGAGAACGCCAAGCAGGCUGCAUCGUAAUGCUGCACUUGAAAGUCUCCGGUUGUGCUGCCAGAUACUGGCCAAUAGAGAGCGUUGGGGAUAGAUGACGGAAAGGUGUGUGUUCCCGGAGUACAUGCAGUAGGAUUGCUAGGUCGGCAGUGCACUCAGUGUGCACUCAGUGUGCACUCAGUGUGCACUCAGUGUGCGCUCAGUGCACUCAGUGUGCACUCAGUGUGCGCUGAAUUGUCACGGAGCAGCGGAGUACAUGAGAGCGUGAUGCUGCUGAACAGGCACUAGUGCACCCGCGAAGUCGAGGUUGUCUCAAGGCUUGCAUCGAUGAGGUGCUUGGCGGCCGCGGUUGCCUACUUCGUUGUUUGACACAGUUCGACUUCUUGCGCACGAGUAUAGCAGGUGCACAAAGAUCAGGACUUGAACCUUCUGGCUACACGCAUAAUAAUUGUUAUACACACACACAACAUACACAACACAGACGAAAGGCUGUGUUGCUGUAACUUUCAGUUUCACGCAAAUUGUUUAUGGUUAUGCAUGCACCUUAGCCCUUUGUUUUACCAGGUUUUUUUAGUUAGUUGUAGCUCGUCCUGGAGAGGAGGACGACUUGAGACUUUGCAUGUCCGCGCCAAGGUACGAUGAUGCCGGGUGCAUACCACUAGACUAUCAGGUUCUGUUACGUAGAGAUCGGAAAUAUAAUAAUAGUCUUUGCGAAGGAAUUUGUCCGUGGCGGAACAGUGUGCAUUAUCUGUGUAAACUAUGGCAUAAAAUGCGUGCGUGUGCAUGUAUAGCCCAGCCGAUGAUGAUCAUGUACUUUAGCCAUGCAACGGUAUAUUCAUUUUUUAAAUUACAUCAGUUGAACAUAGCCAAAGAUGCAUACACGUUUGCCUACACGUAGACAUGUAUGUGCUGACUGCAUCAUAUUCGGUGUAUAUACAAUCAUGUACUUACCGUUAUAAUGAUUAUGAUGCUGUACGGCAGUAGUGCACAUCAGGGAGUAGAUAUUUUACUACUCCCUGGCAGUACGUCUA